AUGAAAAUUAAUAAUUUUGUGGUGUUAAAUUCAUUGGUCAUAUACUCAUCAUUUUCCCUUGCCAAUGUUAUUCCAAAGACUACGACAGAUAUAAUCAAUCAAAAAAACGAGAUCGAAACGAUACCCUACCAUGAGCAAAUAAAGAAAAACCUUUGGGAACCAACCAAGAUCCAAGAUACAAUUGCAAAGAGAAAUAUUAUUGUCGAUGAUGAUCGACGUCCGCCGCCACCUCCUUUAAAAGGUAAUAAUAAUAAAAACAUUCUAGACGUGGAAAAUAAAGCAGUUCCAAAUAAAGUUAUAAAUAAUAGACCAUUAGAUAAUGUAAAUAAAAAUAAAAAUAAAAAUAAAGUAAUACCCAGUAGUAUAGAUUUGAUAAACGAUGAUGAUGCAGAUGAAUUAUUACCAUUACCUUCCAAUGAAUUGAUCGAUAAUAGCCCUUUAUAUAACCCAGAUGGGACUUUAAAGAAAGAUCCAAAUGGCGAUGGUCUUUUAGAUGAAACAGAUCCAGAUAGUUCUGGAAAUGCAGAUGCUUCAGAAGAAGAAAUUUUUUCUUCAUGGGCUUUAUUCAUCAUGUUAUUUUUAUUGAUUUCUGCCUUAUGGUCAAGUUAUUUCUUAACUCAAAAUCAUAUUACUGCAGUUCAUGAAACUGUUUUAUCAAUCUUUUAUGGUAUGGUUAUAGGGUUAAUCAUUAGAAUGUCUCCUGGUCAUUACAUUCAAGAUGCAGUCACUUUUGAUAGUUCUUAUUUCUUUAAUGUCCUUUUACCACCUAUCAUUUUAAAUUCUGGUUAUGAAUUAAAUCAAAUCAAUUUCUUUAAUAAUAUCAUUUCAAUUUUGGUUUUUGCCAUCCCUGGUACUUUUAUCUCUGCAUGUGUCUUGGGUUUUAUUAUAUUCAUUUGGACUUCAUUAGGUUUAGAAAGUGUUAAUAUUUCAUUUGUUGAUGCCUUAUCUGUAGGUGCAACUUUAUCUGCUACUGAUCCAGUCACAAUUUUAUCCAUUUUUAAUGCUUAUAAAGUAGAUCCAAAAUUAUUUACCAUCAUUUUAGGUGAAUCAUUAUUAAAUGAUGCUAUUUCUAUUGUUAUGUUUGAAACUUGUCAAAAAUUUCAUGGUCAACCUGCCAAAUUUUCAUCUUUGUUUAAAGGUAUUGGUAUUUUCUUAGUUACAUUUUCUGUCUCUUUAAUGAUUGGAUUAAUGAUUGGUCUCUUGGUCGCAUUGAUUUUAAAACAUACUCAUAUUAGAAGGUAUCCAGAGAUUGAAAGUUGUUUAAUUCUUUUAAUUGCUUAUGAAUCUUAUUUCUUCUCUAAUGGGUGCCAUGUCUCGGGUAUUGUAUCAUUAUUAUUCUGUGGGAUCACUUUAAAACAUUAUGCUUAUUUUAAUAUGUCAAGAAGAACACAAAUCACAAUUAAAUAUAUUUUCCAAUUAUUAUCAAGAUUAUCAGAAAAUUUUAUUUUCAUUUACUUAGGAUUGGAAUUAUUUACUGAAGUGGAAUUAGUCUAUAAACCUCUAUUAAUCAUUGUUACCGCCAUCUCUAUUUGUGUUGCUCGUUGGUGUUCUGUUUUCCCCUUAUCAAGAUUUAUUAAUUGGAUUUAUAGAUUCAAGUACAACUCAAGAAGUUAUAUGUCUUCUUCAGAUCCAAAUAAUUCUCCUUACAAUGAAGAAAUCCCUUACAAUUAUCAAGUAAUGACAUUUUGGGCUGGCUUAAGAGGUGCUGUUGGUGUUGCAUUAGCUAUGGGUAUUAAAGGUGAAUUUAAAUUUACUUUAUUAGCUACUGUAUUAGUCGUUGUUGUUUUAACAGUUAUUAUCUUUGGGGGGACUACUGCUGGUAUGUUGGAAGUUUUACAUAUUAAGACUGGUUGUAUUGAUGAAAAUGAUAUCUCUGAUGAUGAAUUUGAUAUUGAAGCACCAAAUACUUUCAAUUCGAGAUCUUCUCAAAUUUAUUUGAAUAAUUACCAAGAUAAUAAUAAUAUUAAUAAUAAUAAUAAUAAUAAUAAUAAUAAUAACAAUGAUAUUACAAAGAGCAAUCUAAACUUACAUUCAUCAAUGACUGGAUUGAUUAAUGAACCAACUGAAUUACCAAAUCCAAACACUAUGCUAACUAAUGAUGAUGAUAUGAAUGAUCGUGAAAUAAGCGGAACUCCUGUAAGUUUACCAAAGAGUUCAGUAGAUACAAAUCCUGGAAGAAUUAGAGAUAAAUUGGGUAAUAUCUUUAGAUCCGAUUCUCAAUGGUUCCAUAGUUUUGAUGAACAAGUUUUAAAACCUGUAUUUUUAGAUAAUUCUGCUACUUCAUCUCCAAACAGACCACCAGGAAUGAAUUCAUCAGAUGUUAAAAAAUAA